AUGAUCAAGAACACGGAGGACUUUCAGGUCAAGCUGCCGGCUGGGACUAUGCCGGGCGCAACAUUGCGGGUGACGCUGCCGGGCCGCACCCGCCAUGUGACUUGUACAGUGCCUGCCGACGCCAAGGGGGGUGACACGAUUCGCGUCACCGUGAAGAAGGAGUCGCCUCCGAUCGCUCAAAAACGGCACUAG